GGAUUUCUGAAACACGACUUUACAUUUUCGAACUUCUCAAAAUUCUCGCAUUGAACCAUGCUCACUGUGGCGGUCACUCUGGCUUCUGCCACAAGCAGCAGUGCUGGAAGCUCGGUUGCCGUCGCUGGAUCUGCUCUGGCGCGACACAGCCAUCACCAUCUGUUGCGCACUGAGAUUGGCUUGACCGCGAAGACAUUCUCAUGCAAUGCAUCCUCCACAGCACAACAACGGUCGCUUGCCGCUCCAUUCGCGACCGACCUCCCGAUGCAAUUGUGCAUGACGGCAGGCGUGUCAUUGUGCGUGGCCCCGCUGUCGGCACAGUCCGUUCUGGCGCCGGUGCAUGCCAACCGAACGACGCCGAUGGCGGGAGCGGUUGGUCGAAAUCCGCCAAGACGCGCGUUUGGUUUGAACGCUGGUUUGCACGCGGGCGUCGGUCUCGCCUCUGCGUCCUCUGGCGGACUCACUCCGGCCAUGCGGGCACAGGUGGCUCAUGGCAAGCGUUCACAUGCCCUGCUUGGCGGCGGAUCGGUGCUGCAGAGCGUUGGCGCACCCAGCGACUUCACGACUGCUCAGAUUGGCGCUCGGCAUUUGGUGACGGAAGCAAUCACCUAUAUUGCGACACGCAUCGGGUCGGGCUUCAUUGCUGGUGCCGGUGUCGCCUGGUCCUACUUGAAAGCUCGCGAAGAAUGGCGCAAAAGGUCGUUUCUUCGACGGGUGAAUCUCUCACUCAACUCGUUUGGCGAGGAUGGACACCUUCUUAUCCGCACCCUCUUUGAACGAGAUCUUCGCGACGUUUUCAUGAGCAACUCUCGGGCUGCCACCAUCGUGCUCGACGCCGCGCGGAAAACGACGGCAGAGAACGUGCUGCUGCCGCUGCCCGCGGAAGAAUCGUGGUUUAUCUACACGACAAUCCUCAACGAGAUUUCGUCCAUGUUCGCCUCGGCUCAUUUGAUGCGCGACAUGAUGUCGCACCCGAUUCCUGGCGUGUCGGGUCGUCGAACGGUGAUUCGUCGCCGAGCAGUGAUUGCAGAUGAGGCCGCACCCGACCCAAGUCGCAACUCGCUGGGUGUGGACGCUCCGACAGACGCAGAGAUGCAGCAAGUGCUCGAUUCCAUCACCAUGGCAGUCAGUAAGACCCCCACUUUGCCUUCCAAAGACGAAGCACCCAGUGCUGCAACCACGACAUCCAGUCCGUCCCCCGUCGCACUUGCACAUCAAGCCAGCCAUCAAGCCAGCCAUCAAGCCAGCCAUGCUGCAAACAGCUCGGCUUCGCGCAUGCAAUCCGAGCGUUAUGUCUUUGCGCUGACACGUGAAAUGGCGGAUGAAGUGCGCUUUGAAAAGCUUCGAAUCAUGCUCAUCAAGGAAUCGACGCUCGCAAAUUGGUUUAAACUCUUCUCCAGCGAGGCGGUGCAAAACAAGGAGCUGCGCCUUCAGAGCGAGGAGCUGCACCAGCAAGGUCGGUGGGCUGCCCUCUCGCAAUUUGCGCGAAGUUACCACGAGCAAGUCGCUCGCGAGCGUGCCAACGGUGGCUCCCUCGACGUUCGCUCGCAGCACAAUUGGAUGCGCAUUGAUAUUCCAAUGUUGCAGCCGCUCAGUGCCGCGGUGCCGCACCCGCACUACGUCUCUUCGUGAUUCUUUUGAAAUCCCUCUUUGUUUUUGCUUUGGGUUUUUUUAAGUUUAAGAAUAGUACAACUCACCAGCCCUUGACCUGGAUCGUCUGAAUAACCAACCUACCGACCC